AUGCCUCGGCUUAAUCGCCGCGAGCAGCUUCCGCUGUUCAUCAAGCGCGCAUUAUGCGCGCAUCACGUCGAGCAUCCCCUCCUGCGACACGUCGAUCUCGCCCGCUGGGUUUACGCCCAGUAUGGCCUGCGACCUGACCGCUCCACGGUCGGCCGCAUCCUGAAGAAUGCCGAGCGCUGGGCGCUGGAGGAACCCAACGCCCCCAAUCAGGUGCGGCGCCGGGGCGGCGCAUGGCCUGAGCUUGAGCAGGCCAUGGCGCGCUGGAUCGCUAACGCGGGCCCCGCGGGCGUGCCACUCACUCUGCAGACAAUCCACGACCACGUGGAGAGGAUGGCGCGCAACAUGGGCAUUCCGCCCGUGUUCCGUUGCUCCAUUGGCUGGGUUCGCCGUGCGUUGCGGCGCCAGGGAGUGCGAUGCCGUGCCGCCACCGGCGAGGCGGCGAGCGCCGACAUGGCGGCUGUGCGUGAGGCGCGUGAGAAGGUGCCGCAGCUUCUGACUCACCUCGGCUACAAACCGCGCGACACUUUCAACCUCGACGAGACUGCGUUGUGGCUCUCCGUGCUGCCGCGUAAAACGUACAGCAACGCGCGCAUUCCCGGGCGCAAGGUCUCAAAGGACCGCCUGACAGUGGCUUUCCUCGUCAACGCCGACGGGAGCCACGUCUUCCGGCCGUUAGUCAUCAGUAAGGCGCGCCGUCCACACGACUUCAGGCCGGACUACGACCCCGAAGCACUGUGCUACUGGCGGCACAACGCGAAGGGCUGGAUGACCAGCCAGCUCAAUGCGGUGAUGUAUGCCGAGGGGAGGCACAUCGCGGUGCUGCUCGACAAUGCAAGCUCCCACAUGCUGCGGGACGAGUGCGCGUGGAGCGAAAUCGUCUGCGGCAUGCGGACCACUUGUCUCAGCAAUCGCAGUCGCCCGCUGGCGCCCCAAUCUUCGCGACGUGCUGGGGUGCAGGCCGUGUAUGACGACAACGACCCCAUCGGCCGUGAAGCGCGGCGCACGGCACGGGCGGCCAGUGAGAUGCUUAUUGGCUACGCCCGCGCCGUGAACGUGACCCCGCGCGACCUGUGCCACCUGUUUGACAUCCGAAAUCCGAUCAUCAUUGAGCGCAUGGAGCGCGCAAGCCCCGCGCUCACUCUCUCUACGGCCCCGCCGCCAAGGAUUUCGACGAGCCCAACCCCGCCGACUGAGGCCCCGCGUCCGCGGGGCCGAGUGCUGCCUGGCUGGAUGACCCAGCCGUCCCGCCGUCAGCAGCUUCUGGACGGCGGGGUUGGCGCCGCGAUGGGCGGGUAUGUGGAGGCGGCAGAGUGGAUGCAGGUGUGA